UCUCUCACUAAUGAGCUAGUAGACUACAUGGUCAAGAAGGCAAGCAGACUGCGAAAACUCAAAUGCCACUGUAAAGAGCCUCUCAAACUCAAAUUAAAUGCUCUUCAACUUGAAACACUCAGUGUAAACGGUAAGAUUUUGAAUUUCACCUUGCCCGCGACACUAACAAAGCUAACUCUAUCAGAUGUUUUGUUGCCACAAAGUGAACUGUCUAAUAUCGGAAGAUUACCAAAUUUAGUGGUUCUCAAGUUGGAACAUAGAGCAUUUCAGCAGGACAAAUGGGAGAUCGAAGAUCAAGAGUUUCUGAACCUCAAGGUUCUUAAAUUAAGAUCCCUUAAAAUAACAACAUGGAAUGCCUCAGAUGAGUCUUUACCCAAUCUCGAACACCUUCUUAUAGAAAACUGUUUUAAUCUUCAAGAAAUUCCUUCUAUGGUUGGAUAUAUUCUUACUCUAAAGAUGGUUGAAACAAAACGAUGUGGUGAGUCUCUUGAAAAAUCAGUUAAGGACAUUCAAGAAGUGCAAGAAGGAUAUGGAAAUGCAGAGCUCAAGGUCCUUAUUUACCCCUUGCAUAUAAAAAGCUGCAACACUGGUUUAACAGAAAUAGAAGAUUGCGAUUGAAAGAGGGGAUCUAACGGACCAGUUUUUCUCUUAAGCUGUUUCCUUUAUUCAUUAUGCAUAAUCAUAUCCAGCUAGAUGGAUAAUUUUCUUGUUUUUGAGUUUUGUGUGUACUUCAAAAUAAUUUUUUCAAUGGAUCCAUUGCAUUGACCUAUGAACUUUAUUAUAUGAUAUUAUGUAUGCUUCUACAUUAACACCUUGUUUGGAUGGAAGUUACCCAUUAUUGU